AUGGAUCACCAGGCCAGAGACCCAGGAGACCCCCAAGAUACCCCAAGAGACCCCCAAUAUACUCCAAGAGACCCCCAGGAUACCCCAAGAGACACCCAAGAUACCCCAAAGAGACCCCCAAGUGACCCCCAAGAGACCCCCAAGAUACCCCAAGAGACCCCAAAGACACCCCCAAGUGACCCCCAAGAGACACCCAAGAUACCCCAAGAGACCCCCAAGAGACCCCCAAUAUACUCCAAGAGACCCCCAAGAUACCCCAAGAGACACCCAAGAUACCCCAAAGAGACCCCCAAAGACACCCAAGAUACCCCAAGAGACCCCCAAGAUACCCCAAGAGACACCCAAGAUACCCCAAGAGACCCCAAAGAGACCCCCAAGAGACCCCAAAGAGACCCCCAAGUGACCCCCAAGAGACACCCAAGAUACCCCAAGAGACCCCCAAGAUACCCCAAGAGACACCCAAGAUACCCCAAGAGACCCCAAAGAGACCCCCAAGUGACCCCCAAGAGACCCCCAAGAUACCCCAAGAGACCCCAAAGAGACCCCCAAGUGACCCCAAAGAGACCCCCAAGUGACCCCCAAGAGACACCCCCAAGUGACCACCAAGAGACCCCAAGAGACCUCCAAUAUACUCCAAGAGACCCCCAAGAUACUCCAAGAGACCCCCAAGAUACCCCAAGAGACCCCAAAGAGACCCCCAAGAUACCCCAAGAGACCCCAAAGAGACCCCCAAGAUACCCCAAUAGACCCCCAAGAGACCCCCAAGAUACUCCCAAGAGACCCCCAAGAGACCCCCAAAAGACCCGCAAGAGACCCCAAGAGACCCCCAAGAUACCCCAAGAUACCCCAAGAGACCCCAAAAGACCCCCAGCAGACCCCAAGAGACCCCCAAGAGACCCCCAAAAGACCCGCAAUAGACCCCAAGAGACCCCCAGGCCUCACCUAGGAGACCCCCAAUAG